AUGGCAACCCGUUCCCAGACAGACCUGGGACCCCAACUUCCAACAACCGCCCCUAUCAAGCUUGGGGAAGUCUCACUUGAGCAGGUCACCUGCCUCCUCCUUGGCCUCCUCAGCCAAGUCAAGAACAUUGAGCAAAAGCUCAAAGAAGUCAAAGAAGCAGGAAUCAAGACCCAAACCAACAUCAAAAAUAUAUCCCAAACACUCCAAGGGCCAAGGACCCCAGAAGCCAAACCCCCAGUUGUGGAAGCAACGCCACGCCCCCUACCCAAAGCCAAGCCUAUUGGAUUGGUUAGUGGGUCUUCCUUCUGGCCCAAGCAACCAAAGGGGCUUCCCACCUUUGCCCAGCCAGCACCAAGGACACUACCCCCGCAAGUCCCUUCUCCCCCUCCAUCUCUGCGUCUCCAAUCCCCAAUUGGGACAGCUGCCCCUCCACCUCCAGCUCCAGUUGCCGCAUAUCCUACCCCAGUCAAAGUAGACCACCCAGAUGCCUAUACAGGCAAGAUUGGGAGUGAAGCCAAACAGUGGCUCACAAGGAUGCUGGCAUGGACCCGGCUAAACUUGCGCAUGUUUCCCACGGACCAAGAAGUCCUAUCCUUCCUUCUGAUGAAUAUGAAGGAUUCUGCGGGAGCAUGGGCCCAUCCACACCUUGACCAGCUUGGGUCACACCAAGCUAUCAUCCAAACCGUCAAGGGUUUCAAGUUGGAAUUCUUGGCAGCAUUUGGCAACCCCAAUGCCACAAGGGCCACCAAGCGGAAAAUCACCACCCUCACCCAGUCUGGCAUGUGCACAGACUAUAUUACAAAGUUCAGGACCCUAGCUAUGGAACUGGACUGGAACAACGCAGCCCUUAGAGGCCAGUUUGCCCGUGGCCUCCAUUGGGAGGUCAGCCGUCAAAUUGCCACCCGCAAGCACUGCCCUUGCACCCUUCUUGAGCUGCAGAACGCAGCACUUGUCAUCAAUAAUGCUCUCCAAGAGGAGCAUGCUAGCCACCUGCCAAGGGAUAAUAAGUCUAGCAAGCAAUCCAAUCCCGCAAGGGGGACAAGUACUGGCCAGCCAACAACCGGUUCAAAGAAGCUCUCCAACAAUCCCAACUUUGUGUUGGAAGAAAAGAGAAACCGCUGCCGCGCCGCAGGCGCUUGCAUCAAAUGCAGCAAAAUGGGCCACAAGUUUGCAGAGUGCCACACAGGCUGGAAGGCCACCCCUAUUGAGGACAAGGGGAAGGCUAAAGAAACCGCCAAGAUUGGCAAAGACAAUAGAAACUCUCCACUUUUUACAAUCCUCAUUAAACCAGAGAAACAAGCAGAACCACUAGAAGUCCUGAUUGACUCAGGCGCCACAUCCUCCUUCCUACACCCACGUACCGCCAAGGCACUACGUCUCCCUCUCAUAGAUCUUCCUACACCCCGUACCGUCACCAUGCUUGAUGGGUCAAGCCCCCAGGCAGGCAAAAUCUGGAAGAAGGCAAAUUUAACCUUCUCCUUUGAUGGCAAAAAUAUGACUGAGACCUUCCUUAUAUGCAACACAGUUGGUGUACAACACACAGGGUCUCACGCCGCCAUCUUGGGAUUGAAAUGGUUAGACGCACACAACCCAGAGAUUGAUUGGAAUACGCGCACCCUCACAUUUCCCCACGCACCACCGGAACAUGUCACCAUUGCCAAAGAGGAAGAAGCUGACCAAGACCCCCUCAAAGGAGUACCCUCCAAGUACCACCAAUAUGCCAAGGUAUUUGGGGAAGAGGAAUUCCAUAAGCUUCCCCCACAUAGGCACUACAACAUUGGCAUUGAACUUACAGAAGAUGGCCCACUGAAUUCUCCCCUUUAUAGUAUGACCAAUGCCAAAUCUGCCACGCUAAAGGAUUGGCUUAGGGAUGAACUCAAGGCUGGGAAGAUCCGUCCCAGCAAAUUGUCUAUUAGUUCCCCUGUCAUGUUUGUACCUAAAAAGGAUGGUUCCUGCCAAUUAGUUGUUGAUUACCACCAACUGAAUAACCGGACAAAAAAGAAUGUGUACCCCUUACCCCAACCAGAUGACCUGAUGGCCCAAUUACGUGGCGCCAAAGUAUUCACCAAACUGGAUUUACAAUGGGGGUACAAUAAUGUCUGGGUUAAGGAGGGUGACAAAUGGAAGACCGCUUUUUGUACCAAGUACAGUCUCUAUGAAUCCCUGGUCAUGACAUUUGGCUUGACAAAUGCUCCUGCCUCUUUCCAACACUUCAUGAACAACCUGUUCAAGGAUUUAUUGGACGUAUGCGUCAUCAUCUACCUUGAUGACAUCCUAAUCUAUUCCAAGGAUGACACAUCCCACACGCAACAUGUCCACAAAGUCCUGAGGUGCCUCAUGGAUAACCAACUGUUCUGCAAGGCCUCCAAAUGUACCUUCCAUGUCACCUCUGUGGAAUACCUGGGAAUUGUUGUUUUGGAUAAGGGAUUCAGCCUGGAUAAGCUCAAAAUCCAGGCAGUACAGGAAUGGCCAGUCCCCACUAAAGUCAAGGAAGUCCAAUUGUUCCUAGGGUUUGCCAACUUCUUAUGUUGUUUUGUUGCCAAUUUUAGCCACAUGGCCAGGCCGUCACACAACCUGGUCAAGAAAGACACGCCUUGGCAAUGGAACACUAAGGAACAGGAGGCCUUCCAAGGGUUAAAGGAAGCCAUCACCAACGCUCCAGUACUCUGUCACGCAGACCCUACAAAACCUUAUUUCCUUGAAACAGAUGCGUCAGGCGCGGCCCUAGGCUCAAUACUUAGUCAACAACAGGAAGAUGGCUGCCUACACCCACUUGGUUUCCUAUCUGAGUCAUUCAAAGGGGCAGAACAGAACUAUGAUACCCAUGACAAAGAGCUUUUGGCCAUCAUACAAUCAUUUGAAUACUGGCACAUAUUUCUGGAAGGGACCUUACACCCCAUCACAGUUUUCAUGGAUCAUAGGAACCUGGAGUACUGGAAAGAAUCCUGGACUUUCAACUGCUGUCACACAAGAUGGCAUCUACUACUGGCCGGAUACAACUUCCAAAUCAUCUACCGCCCAGGGAAACAAUCAGGAAAGCCAGACGCCCUCUCUUGCCGCGCAGAUCACACCAAUAUUCCUCCUGCCAACCAAACAAUGCUCCCAAACCCUGUUUUUGCCAACAUAGCCCUGGUAACCCCCAAAAAGGAGCUCCAACGCCAAAUUGAAACUGCCUUAGACCUAGAUGAGUCAUUGGAAGAGAUACUACAAUUUCUCCAAAACAAGUCUAAGGCACCUUCCAUCCAUCAAGCGCGCCUUCAAGGAUUACCAGAUGGAGGCAGGCCUCCUCUUCUACCAAGGGAGAAUUCUGGACACCCGGGUAGGCAACGGACAUUGGAACUAGUCUCAAGGAAUUACUACUGGCCUGGAAUCCAUGCUGACACAUACUGGCACGUGGACUCUUGCAAAACGUGCCAACAUAUCCGCAAACCAAAGUAUGCCUCCAUCCCGCUGCAACCCCUAGAACUACCUUCCAGACCCUGGCAGCACGUCUCCUAUGACAUGAUAGUAGACCUGCCAAAGGAUGGGAACCAUGAUUCCAUUUUGGUCAUUGUUGACAGCUUCACCAAGUAUGGUAUAUUUGUCAAGUGCUCAAAGAAGUUGAAAGCCCCAGAACUGGCCAAACUGUUCCUGGAAAACGUAUGGAAACGCCAUGGCAUGCUGGAGAAGACAAUAUCCAACAGAGGAAGGGUCUUCAAUAACAAGUUCUUACAGGCCUUAUACAAAUGCCUUGGCAUUGAUCCCCACUUCUCCUUGGCCUACCAUCCCCAAAGCAACAGACAAACAGAACGGGUCAACCCCUCAAUCAAACAUUUCCUUAGAGCUUACUCAGGGAUCAACCAGAGGGACUGGACUAGAUGGCUCCCAAUGGCAGAAUUUGCAUACAACAAUGCGGUACACAGUAGUAUGGGCAAAACUCCCUUCAAAGCCUUGUAUGGAUGGGAACCCACUCUGACCCCAUCCAACGUACCCACAGAUGUCCCUGAAGCCAACAAUCUUGCCCAGACAAUGGAAACACAAUGGAAGGAAGUGGAGUUGGCUCUGCGGCAAUCCAAACAACGCAUGGUAGCAGGAGAGAACAGAAACCCAACGGAAUUUGAGAUAGGGGAAGAAGUCUGGCUUGAUGCCAAGAACGUAAACCUCAAAACCCUAAGUCCCAAGCUGACAGAACAACGCCUGGGACCGUUCAAAGUUAUUGAAAAGAUCUCCAACUGGGCAUAUUGCCUAGAACUGCCACCAACCAUGCAAAUCCACAAUGUAUUCUACGUAGGGUUAUUAUCUAAGGUCAAAAGGGACAAGAAGCGCACCUUUGAAAACCGCCCCCCACCUGUCACCGUGGACAGAGAAGAGGAAUAA